UACCCCCACUUUCACCGGAAACGCGGAGCAGCGUUUAUUGUUGCUGGUGAGCUGCUGUAAUGGCGGUGUCUCGUCGCUCCGCGCAGCAGCAACAACAACUAAAUAGCUUACAGUCGCCGCCGAGGAGCAGCUCGCUUUCGGGUGCUCCUUCGGCCGCCCCGCUGAUGGCCUCGGCCAACUCGCCGCUCCACACCGAGCGGGAAUGCAACGGCGGCAUCGAAGGCUCUGCGGCCUCCCCGGACCUCGCAGCCCCGCUCCUCGCCACCAGCGCCAGCCCCAGCAGCACCACCACCUCCGGGGGCAGCAACGUCUCCAGCCCCGGCUCCGGGGCCGCCAGCCCCGCCGACGGAAUAAGCGGAAUCGGCGGCGCGUUCAGGGAGUUAUUCGAGGCCUGUCGCAACGGGGACGUGUCGAGAGUGAAGAGGCUCGUCGACACCGUCAACGUGAACGCCAAAGACAUGGCUGGUCGCAAGUCCACUCCUCUGCACUUUGCUGCGGGGUUUGGAAGGAAAGAUGUAGUGGAGCAUCUCCUCCAGACGGGGGCCAAUGUCCAUGCCAGGGAUGAUGGAGGUCUAAUCCCCCUGCACAAUGCCUGCUCCUUUGGCCAUGCAGAGGUGGUGGGCCUCCUCCUGUGUCAGGGUGCAGACCCCAAUGCCAGAGACAACUGGAACUACACUCCUCUACACGAGGCUGCCAUCAAGGGAAAGAUAGAUGUGUGCAUAGUGUUACUCCAGCAUGGUGCUGAUCCUAACAUACGCAAUACUGAUGGAAAGUCAGCUCUGGAUCUGGCUGACCCUUCCGCUAAGGCUGUACUAACAGGUGAAUACAAGAAAGAUGAGCUCCUGGAAGCAGCAAGGAGUGGAAAUGAAGAAAAACUAAUGGCUUUACUGACUCCAUUAAAUGUCAACUGCCAUGCCAGUGAUGGCCGAAAGUCAACAUCUCAAAAAAUGCUGUCAACUCCUCUCCACCUGGCUGCCGGCUACAACCGAGUGCGCAUUGUACAACUCCUUCUUCAGCAUGGAGCUGAUGUUCACGCUAAGGACAAGGGCGGCCUGGUUCCUCUACACAAUGCUUGUUCCUACGGUCACUUUGAGGUUACUGAGCUUCUGCUUAAGCAUGGCGCCUGUGUCAACGCCAUGGACUUGUGGCAGUUCACUCCUCUCCAUGAGGCAGCAUCCAAGAACCGUGUGGAGGUUUGCUCCUUGCUGCUGAGCCACGGUGCUGAUCCCACCCUGCUCAACUGCCACAGCAAGAGUGCUGUGGACAUGGCCCCCACCCCAGAGUUAAAGGAGAGACUGACCUAUGAGUUCAAAGGUCAUUCACUGCUGCAGGCAGCACGGGAAGCAGACAUGGCCAAAGUGAAGAAGACGCUGGCUUUGGAAAUCAUCAGCUUCAAACAUCCUCAAACCAAUGAGACAGCUCUGCAUUGUGCUGUGGCUUCUCCACACCCGAAGAGGAAGCAAGUAACUGAAUUGCUGCUGCGUAAAGGUGCCAACAUUAAUGAGAAGAACAAGGACUUUAUGACUCCUUUGCACGUUGCUGCAGAGAGAGCUCACAAUGACAUUCUGGAGGUGCUACAGAAACACGGAGCCAAGAUAAAUGCUGUGGACACACUCGGACAGACCGCUCUGCACAGGGCUGCACUGGCCGGUCACAUUCAAACCUGCAAGCUGUUGCUAGGCUACGGGGGCGACCCGUCCAUCGUGUCCCUGCAGGGUUUCACUGCUGCACAGAUGGGUAACGAAGCUGUUCAACAGAUUCUCAAUGAUAAUGUUCCCACACGUAACUCUGACGUGGACUACAGAUUUCUUGAAGCAGCCAAAGCAGGAGAUCUUGAGACCGUGCAGCAACUCUGCACCCCUCAAAAUGUAAACUGUCGCGAUUUGGAGGGCCGCCACUCAACUCCACUCCACUUUGCUGCUGGUUACAACCGAGUGGCUGUUGUGGAAUACCUGCUUCACCACGGAGCUGAUGUACAUGCCAAGGACAAGGGCGGACUGGUUCCUCUGCACAACGCAUGCUCCUACGGCCACUAUGAGGUUGCAGAGUUGCUGGUCAGGCAUGGAGCCUCAGUAAAUGUCGCCGACCUGUGGAAGUUCACCCCGCUUCACGAAGCGGCAGCCAAGGGCAAAUAUGAGAUUUGCAAGCUACUGCUCAAACAUGGAGCGGAUCCGUCUAAGAAGAACCGAGACGGCAACAUGCCACUGGACAUGGUGAAAGAUGGAGACACUGACAUCCAGGAUCUGCUUAGGGGUGAUGCUGCCCUGCUGGAUGCUGCCAAAAAAGGUUGCCUGGCCCGCGUCCAGAAACUUUGCUCCCCAGAGAACAUCAACUGCAGAGACACUCAAGGCCGCAACUCCACACCACUCCACCUUGCAGCUGGUUACAACAAUCUGGAAGUGGCUGAGUAUCUGCUGGAGCACGGGGCUGAUGUCAACGCGCAGGACAAGGGAGGCCUUAUACCUCUCCACAAUGCUGCCUCCUAUGGCCAUGUGGAUAUAGCAGCUCUGCUCAUAAAGUACAAUACAUGUGUGAAUGCCACAGACAAAUGGGCUUUCACUCCCCUUCACGAGGCAGCCCAGAAGGGUCGCACACAGCUCUGUGCCCUCCUGCUCGCUCAUGGGGCUGAUCCAACAAUGAAGAACCAAGAGGGCCAGACAGCCCUGGACCUGGCCACGGCUGAUGACAUCAGAGCCCUCCUGAUGGACGCCAUGCCCCCGGACUCUCUUCCCAGCUGCUUCAAGCCACAGGCCACAGUGGUUAGCGCCUCUGUCAUCUCCCCGGCCUCCACACCGUCCUGCUUAUCAGCUGCCAGCAGCAUAGACAACCUGGCCGGGCCUCUGACUGAGCUGGCGAGCGGUGCUGCUGCUGCUGCUGCUGCUGCUGGCAACUCAGGAGUAGCAGAUGGAGCAACGGGCACUGACCGCAAGGAAGGAGAAUUGACAAUGCUGGACAUGAACAUAAGUCAGUUCAUGAAGAGUCUUGGUCUGGAGCACUUAAGGGAUAUUUUUGAAAGAGAGCAGAUAACUUUGGAUGUCCUUGCUGACAUGGGCCACGAGGAGCUGAAAGAAAUCGGGAUCAAUGCCUACGGUCACCGACACAAACUUAUCAAGGGUGUAGAGAGGCUGCUGGGUGGCCAGCAAGGUGGCAACCCAUACCUUACAUUCCACUGUGCCAACCAGGGCACCAUCCUCAUAGACCUCGCUCCAGAUGACAAGGAGUAUCAGUCUGUGGAAGAGGAGAUGCAGAGCACCAUCAGAGAGCACAGAGAUGGAGGCAAUGCAGGCGGGGUCUUCAGCAGAUACAACAUCAUCAAGAUCCAAAAAAUCGUGAACAAGAAGUUGCGGGAACGUUACACGCACAGGCAGAAGGAGAUCGCAGAUGAAAACCAUAACCACCACAAUGAGCGCAUGCUGUUUCACGGUUCCCCAUUCAUCAACGCCAUCAUACACAAGGGCUUUGACGAGCGUCACGCCUACAUAGGAGGAAUGUUCGGGGCAGGUAUCUACUUCGCGGAGAACUCCUCCAAGAGCAACCAGUACGUCUAUGGCAUCGGCGGAGGCACAGGCUGUCCGACACACAAAGACCGGUCCUGCUACCUGUGCCACAGGCAGAUGUUGUUUUGCAGGGUGACCCUGGGAAAGUCCUUCUUACAGUUCAGCGCUAUGAAGAUGGCCCACGCUCCGCCAGGACACCACUCCGUGAUCGGGCGACCCAGCGUGAACGGCUUGGCCUACGCCGAGUAUGUCAUCUACCGAGGAGAGCAGGCCUACCCAGAGUACAUCAUAACAUACCAGAUCUUAAAACCAGAGAGUGUGGCCCAGUCUGCUGCAGCCGCUGAACAGAAGUCCUAGUCACUCACCACAACUAAAUGCUAUCAUUUUGUCCUUUGUAUAGACCAUGCAUAAGGAGGCGUAUUGGUAUUUUUCCAGUUUCCCCCCCGGUGGACUCCAUGGUGACCAGUGCUUUGUGAGCAGAUAUGCUGUAUAAUUCUCUUCUACUCGUCUCUCUCCCAUCCUUGUGCAUUUAGCCGCAUGCUAACACACGAGCAUGUGAGGCCCAGUAGGGUGAGUGGGUGACUUACCCUAUUUUUCCGAGUAUAAGUCGCACCCCCGGCCAAACUAUGAAAAAAAAACUGCGACUUAUAGUCCGAAAAAUACGGUAUAUUGGUAGUUUACCACGCAUAAAGACUAUGGAGAAUGACCAACCUCUCAUAUAUUUACACGUACUGUUUUAAAUAUGUGGACUAUGAAUGCAGCCAUAUCUGUGCUCGUACUGUACAGAGGAUUCAAGGUGAACACUAUCAAAAAGCUCAUUCUGUAAUAUUGACUGAAUUUUAAGGACAACACUGCUGACAGUUUUCAGUGCUUUUGGUUCUGUUGCAUGUGCUGUAUGGAAGGCGGAGAUACUUUUGUUAUGGCAUUACAAUAUAGUCCUGUUAGAGCAGGGGUCACCAACCUUUUUGAAAGCAAGAGCUACUUCUUGGGUAGUGAUUAAUGCGGAGGGCUACCAGUUUGAUACACACUUCAAUAAAUUGCCAGAAAUAGCCAAUUUGCUCAAUUUACCUUUAACUCUAUGUUAUUAUUAAUAAUUAAUGAUAUUUACACUUAAUUGAAUGGUUUAAAAGAGGAGGAAACACAAAAAAAUGACAAUUACAUUUUAAAACAUAGUUUAUCUUCAAUUUCGACUCUUUAAAAUUCAAAAUUCAACCGAAAAAAAGAAGAGAAAAACUAGCUAAUUCGAAUCUUUUUGAAAAAAUUAAAAAAUAAUAAUUUAUAGAACAUCAUUAGUAAUUUUUCCUGAUUAAGAUUAAUUUUAGAAUUUUGAUGACAUGUUUUAAAUAGGUUAAAAUCCAAUCUGCACUUUGUUAGAAUAUAAAACAAAUUGGACCAAGCUAUAUUUCUAACAAAGACAAAUCAUUAUUUCUUCUAGAUUUUCCAGAACAAAACUUUUUCAAAGAAAUUCAAAAGACUUUGAAAUAAGAUUUAAAUUUGAUUCUACAGAUUUUCUAGAUUUGCCAGAAUAAUAUUUUUUGAAUUUUAAUCAUAAGUUUGAAGAAAUAUUUCACAAAUAUUCUUCGUCGAAAAAACAGAAGCUAAAAUGAAGAAUUAAAUUAAAAUUUAUUUAUUAUUCUUUACAAUAAAAAAUUAAUUUACUUGAACAUUGGUUUAAAUUGUCAGGAAAGAAGAGGAAGGAAUUUAAAAGCUAAAAAGGUAUAUGUGUUUAAAAAUCCUAAAAUCAUUUUAAGGUUGUAUUUUUUCUCUAAAAUUGUCUUUCUGAAAGUUAUAAGAAGCAAAGUAAAAAAAUAAUGAAUUUAUUUAAACAAGUGAAGACCAAGUCUUUCAAAUAUUUUCUUGGAUUUUCAAAUUCUAUUUGAGUUUUGUCUCUCUUACAAUUAAAAAUGUCGAGCAAAGCGAGACCAGCUUGCUAGUAAAUAAAUAAAAUUUUAAAAAAAUAGAGGCAGCUCACUGGUAAGUGCUGCUAUUUGAGCUAUUUUUAGAACAGGCCAGCGGGCUACUCAUCUGGUCCUUACGGGCUACCUGGUGCCCGCGAACACCGCGUUGGUGACCCCUGUGUUCGAGUAUGCUCAGUAACACAGCUUGGUUGCAAUGUCAAACCUGGUAAUAGCACACACAUAUGGAUGCUGUACAUGGAAAGCAUUAUGUAUGAUCGACUAUCUUAGCGUUGAAACAUGCUUGUGAUGAUAGCCAGUGAACUCAUCAAAGCAUCCUGCUCUCACCGUCUUUGCAAAUACAUCCCAUGCAGAAGGAUUUGCACUUUUACAUAGAUACCUAUUUAAGUUAUUUGAAUUGAAAAAACAUUUUCAGGAAAAAAAAAAUGUGUACAGGUUGUGUAAAUGGUUGUUUAUAACUUGCUGUUUAACAGUGUCUUAAGUUGAACGUUUGUUUUUCCUUUCAUGCCUUCUAGAUUUUCCCUUUUUUUUUUUUAAUAAAUGUGACAUUAACAGUUCCUUGUACAUUUGCAUUAAAUUGUUACCUUAA